CAAAAAAGAGACGGUUGUGUGAAAACAUGUUUAUCUCAGCAAUGUGUAAAUUACUGCUCUGAUUCAGUUCUGUAUCAGACAGCACUUCCCUCUGCCCCAAUUUUCUGCUCCUGUAGCACACAAGGAUGUUUCUGUUAAAGGUAUGUCAUACCUAUGUAUUUUUUCCUUUUUCGAUUUCUCCACGGUAUUGCAGCAGAAGCACACACGGGAAUAUGGAAAAAUCUUCAAGUCUCACUUUGGUCCUCAGUUUGUAGUAUCUAUUGCAGACCGCGAUAUGGUGGCUCAGGUGCUCCGGGCGGAGGGCGCUGCGCCCCAGAGAGCCAACAUGGAAUCCUGGCGGGAGUACCGAGACUUGCGGGGCAGAGCCACCGGGCUCAUCUCGGCGGAAGGUGAACAGUGGCUCAAGAUGAGAAGCGUAUUGAGACAAAGAAUUCUGAAACCGAAAGAUGUGGCCAUUUAUUCUGGAGAAGUCAACCAAGUUAUUGCUGACUUAAUUAAAAGAAUCUACCUCCUCAGGAGCCAGGCAGAAGAUGGAGAAACCGUGACCAAUGUCAAUGACCUUUUCUUCAAAUAUUCAAUGGAAGGAGUGGCCACCAUCCUUUAUGAGAGUCGUUUGGGCUGCCUGGAAAACAGCAUACCACAGCUGACUGUGGAAUACAUCGAGGCCCUGGAGCUCAUGUUUAGCAUGUUCAAGACCUCCAUGUAUGCAGGCGCCAUCCCCAGAUGGCUUCGCCCCUUCAUCCCAAAGCCCUGGCGGGAAUUCUGCAGGUCCUGGGAUGGACUCUUCAAAUUCAGCCAAAUUCAUGUUGACAACAAGUUGAGGGACAUACAGUACCACACGGACCGAGGCCGGAGGGCGAGCGGGGGACUCCUCACAUACCUCUUCCUUAGCCAGGCGCUGACGCUACAGGAGAUCUACGCCAACGUGACUGAGAUGCUGCUGGCUGGCGUCGACACGACGUCCUUCACCUUGUCCUGGACAGUGUACCUCCUGGCAAGGCACCCAGAGGUGCAGCAGACGGUAUACCGGGAGAUCGUCAAGAAUUUAGGGGAAAGGCAUGUUCCAACUGCAGCUGAUGUCCCCAAGGUCCCGCUGGUCAGAGCUCUCCUUAAGGAAACCCUGAGGCUGUUUCCAGUGCUGCCAGGGAACGGCCGGGUCACCCAGGAAGACCUGGUUAUUGGCGGGUAUCUGAUUCCGAAAGGCACCCAGCUGGCCCUUUGCCACUAUGCCACGUCGUACCAGGAUGAGAACUUCCCUCGGGCCAAGGAGUUCCGGCCUGAGCGCUGGUUGCGGAAAGGAGACUUAGACAGAGUUGACAAUUUUGGAUCCAUCCCCUUUGGUCAUGGGGUUCGCAGCUGCAUAGGGCGGAGGAUUGCAGAACUGGAGAUUCACCUCGUCGUGAUCCAGUUGCUUCAACAUUUUGAGAUCAAAACAUCUUCUCAGACUAAAGCCGUUCACGCAAAAACCCACGGGCUCCUGACGCCAGGGGGGCCCAUCCAUGUACGAUUCGUUAACCGAAAGUAAGCCUGGAUUUUAAACCUGGGCUGGCGUAGCAGACCAGCUCGCCGACACACAGUGGCUGUCUGUGUGUGGCUGAUCACCGUGGAGAAGGAAAGCAAAGUCGCUGGAAGCUGUCUUGUUAUAGACUGGCUUCCCAGGUCCUGGGACACUUGUAAAUCUUUAUGCAAAGUAAUGUGAAAAGGUUGCUAUUUUACUGGUGCAGGCCAGAAGUUGCCCUUUCUCUGGGGGAAACAGCUGUUUAAAAACCAGUGGCACUGAAUUUUUAUGCUUCAUACAUUGUGCUAGACUCAAUAUUUAAUGACUGUCAGUAUCCUAUGCAUUUACUUGUAUAGGGAAAUGGUGGUUUACUUACAUAUUCAGUUCUUCAAUAUAUGUUCUCUAAUACUGGCAUCUGGGCUCGAAUUGCCAUCAACAGUAAGUUGAAGGCAAUUUCAACUUACUGUUUCUGAUUUGAAGAGGGAACAUUAAGAACGCCUCUGUAAUACCGUAAUUUUGGGAAGAAAGCACCAGAGGCAACAUUUUAUCCUGAGCACCAGAUUUAGAUCCUGUUAAAGGGCUCAAACUUAAAAGGGCUGGCUGGGUGCGGUGGCUCACGCCUGUAAUCCCAGCACGUUGGGAGGUCAAGGUGGGAGGAUUGUGUGAGCCAGAAGUUCGAGACCAGCCUGGGCAACAUGGUGAAACCCUGUCUCUACCAAAAAUACAAAAAUUAGCCAGGCAUGGUGGUGCACACCUAUGGUCCUAGUUACUCGGGAGACUGAGGCAGGAGGAUCGUUUGAGCUCAGGCGGUUGAGUCUGCAGUGAGCUAUCUAUGAUGGCACCACUGCACUUCAGCCCGGGCAACAGAGUGAGACCCUCUCUCAAAAAUAAAAUAAUAAAAUAAAAUGACUGUAUUCUUACUUUUCUCUCCGCGAGUGCUUAAUUUUCCAGUCAUAAUGCCUGAUGAAUUUGACUAUUAGUUUUUAUUUGGAAGAAAUAAAAAAGAAAGCUCCUGGUGAAAUCAAGAAUAAUCAGAUUUUCUAACCAAAUCGAAAUACGGAGUAGAGCAGAUGUACAAGAACUGGAAAUAUGACUACGUAAAAUUUUGUUGCGUAAGUUGUGAGAGGUAAUACAACAGGCAGCAUGGAAAACAAUGUAACUUUAGAACGUUUUUAUUUCAAGGAAAAAUAAAUACACAAAUAGAGACGCUACAGAUACGACAAUAGUUUUAUCUUGACGCUGUUGUUUUAAAUAUCCACACGAGAACCCUGACCCAGCUGUGUGCCUGUGCCAGGCUCUCAGGGAAGCCGUGGCUCCAGGAGUGCUGGGUCCUGCUGAGUUCUGUUGCCUUUCCUGCUGCUCAGUGGUUGCUAAGAGGAAACACCGUAAUUUCCUGAUGCUUUUGCCUUGUCAUCAUGCCUGAAACAGCUCAUUCCCAAUUCCGUAAUUCCUUUUACAUAAUCCUUCUCCAAAAAUGACUUUCCUACUAAUAUAGGCCAUGUAGGGUUUUUUUUUUUUCCAUUUAGUAAGUCAUUCCAAAAUAACCCUUAAGUAAAUAGACAUAAUAUCCGUUUCACAUACCAUUUUUGUUAAAGUAUAUAAUAAAGUUGAAAUCUGCAUGAUAGCAGAAUCACUCUAGUAUGGAUACUGUAAGUGUACAGGUAAAUGUGAAAUUAGGUCAUACUAACUGGCCAAGUGUUGGAUUGAUUACUUUGAGGUAGCAGUAUACGUAUAUUAAGUUUUAUAAACUAGACGAAAUUGCAUUCUGUUUGAGACUGAAAUUUAAAAUAUUGAGAAUAAGCGAUUUGAAGUGACCUCUUAUUCCCCGGAUAUAUAUACAGUGUGACCCUCUAGUGAAGUGUCUCUGCCUGGGGAUCAGCACAGGGUGAAUAGCAGAGUGUGGGCUGGGGGUAGCACCUGCGCCCGCUGCUCAGUCUCACUGAACAGGAAGGGAAGCAGCCAGAGCCAGACACGGGGGCCUCCUGGUGUGAUGUAGCAGGAAGUGCAGGGUGCCACCCAGGAAGCAUCCGUGCCAAGGAAAUGGAGAUUUAGCUGGACAAGUUUCUAGGUUCACUACUGGUUUAUAGGAGACAUGUGGUAUACAAGGAGAUGUCAAAACUCCAUAGGGGGCUGGGCGUGGUGGCUCACACCUGUAAUUCCAGCCCUUUGGAGAGGUUGAGGUGGGAGGAUUGCUUGAGGCCAGGAGUUUGAGACAAGCUUGGGCAACAUAGUGAGAUCUUG